AUGGCUCAGGUUGAAGUUUCCAACGGCGCUGCGGCGGAGAAAUCUCUUGUUUCCUUCUCCGCCUGCAUGACUCAGCUCACCGUGGAGGCUCACAAGGUCGGCGACGCUGUUUCCUUCUACAAAUCUGUGUUUGGAGCUGUCGAGUCCGGACAUUCUCUCUACCCUAAGCGCAAGGCUGACCAAGAGCUCCCUCACCUUCUCUCUGCCGAGCUUCAGCUCGCUGGCUCUACCGUCCUCGUCUGCGACGUCUCCUCUGACUCUACUGCGAAGACGGAAGGUAACAAGAUGACAACCCUGCACCUUGUGACUGAUGACGUCGAAGCUGCAGUCGCGAAAGCUGUGGACGCCGGAGCUGUGAAAGCGGGAGAGGUCUCGGAGGUUGACGGAGGAGGGAAAAGGGGAAAGGUUACGGACCCGUUCGGCGUCGCAUGGAUCUUCUCUUCUCCGGCGAUCAAGACCACUGAGAAGGACGAAAACAAAGAGUUCUAA